GCAGACACCGGGCAGUGCGCGGCGGUCGCGCGAUCCGACCGCACACCGCUAUAGUCUGGGUAACCGUGUGCCCAUACGCUACCGUGACAUUAUCGCUACUCUACCUCGCCAACGCACGUGCGCAACAAUUCGAUAACUCUGAUAUCUCCGCACCCGCUAUUUCUAAAUCAUCUCAACUAAUCGAUGCCAAUUGCUCAUUAACUAUUCUCUUUGAAGUUAUCAAAGAAAAUUUGUUGAUGUGUAGAGACGCGGUGUUUCAUAUCUAAGUUUAUACAGUUCCGCGUCGUGAGUUGUAAUGAUUGUGCUCCGUGUAACAACGAAAGGUGACAUUUGCUCAGGAAAAUGAUCAAGCUAUUCAAGAGGAGGCUGUCUUUCAGUGGAGAAAAACAGAAGCAAACUUCCUCUAACUCUGCGGCAGACGCUUUUGAGCAAGAGGACAAAGCACGUUUUUCGGAUACGAGCUGGCAAAUUCAUCGAUCAUGGUCUCGCAACGGGAACCCGCUUCCGCUGUCGCCUCCGCCAAACCGCGCUGCGGCGGGCGCGGGCGCGUCCGCCUCCAGUGCGACCCCACCCUCUCGCAACGAUGAGAAUGGCAUCUAUGACACCAUCACUACUCGUGCGGUGAGCGCGCCUGUCACUCCAGGGACUCCUGCACCCUCCAGAGAACAUGGCGGGGUGCGGUCAGCGAGCUACCCGAGCGGCACAUCGGGCGCGGGUGUGGCGGGGCGGCUCGACCUGUGCUACGUUGCGGAGCGCAUGUUGGCGCUGCACUUGCCGAACAGAGACGCACAUGCCGAGGCCCAGGCCGCGCACAUGCUUACCAACAAGCAUGGCGAGCAUUUCAUGGUGUUCGAGGUGAGCGGUGGAGGGGAGGAGUACGGCGGGUGUGAGGAGGGCUUGGCGCGCACGGUGUUCGGUCGCGCGCGCAGCCUGGGCUGGCCGGGGGAACUCGCGCCGCCCCUAGAGCGCCUGUGCGCCGCCUGCAAGGACAUCGAGAGUUGGCUUGCCGCACACCCUAAGAACGUCGCCGUACUACUCGCCUGGGGCAACCGCGAGCGACUGGGUGUGCUGGUUGCGGCCUACAUGCACUACUCUGCCAUCUGUGGCGCGCCCGAGCACGCGCUCGACCGGUACGCCAUGCGUCGCUACCUCGACGACCGCGUGCCCGUCUUCCACUUGCCUUCUAACAAAAGGUACAUUGACACAUUCGCGGGUCUGCUGGCGGGCCAGAUUCGCGUCAACUCCGCGCCGUUACAACUGACGCACGUAAGCGUGGCAGGUGCGCUGGCGCCCUCCGCCGCACCCACUAUCGCCUUUCUCAAGAUAUACGAGAACUUCGUUUGCGUAUACACCUCUGGUCUGUACAUGGUGAGCGGCGGCGGGUGGACGGUGGGCGUGGGGCGGCUAGCGCUGCGCGGAGAUGUGCUGGUGCGCGCCUACCGUCGUCCUGCGCACGCGCCGCACACCCCGCACGCCGCGCAUUCUCCCACGCCCCGCCAGCUCGUCUUCGCCUGCCAGUUCCACACGUGCGCAGUCGCCGACCACACACUCUCCUUCACUAAGCAACAGCUAGAUCACGCUGCGCAUGAAGCGUCGUUCCCUUGCGAUGGGGCCGUAGAGCUGGUGUUUGUGCGGGGUGAGGGUGGCGGCGGCGCUGCACCCGCGCCUACGCCUGCCGCCCCGCUACGUGCCGCGCCAGACGCCAUCGCCCGCGCCGACUCCCUGGAGCACCUGCGCCCUCUCUCCACGCUCACUGACGAUGACACUGGUGACAACAACGGCAGCGCGGAGGGUUCCGGGUCAGGAGGGGAGGCUGGCGAGGGUGCGGAGGCGGCGCACACGUUCGGACCGCUUGACGGUUCCAUCUACGCCACGGUAGUGCGCGCCGGCGGCACCUCCUCACCGCUCACCGCCUCCAUGGACUCGGGCAUAUCGUCGGCGGGCCGGCGUGCCGCCCCCAGUCCGCCUGACGAGCUGGACGCGCUGCUGGGCGACAUGCUGCGUACGGUGAGCGCGCUGCCCGACCCGCCGCCCGCCACCGGCACUGCGCAGUCGCCCGCCGACCGCGUCGCCGACAUACCGUACCACGCGCGCGCUGACUCCGCGCCCUUCACCUACGGCGCACCCGGCCUGCGCCCCGGCAUGCUACGGUCCACGCACCGGCUGGCCAGCCCCGAGCUGGUGCGGCGCGCCUACCGCCCCACCAGCCCCGAGCGGCCUUCACCCUCGCCGCCGCCCCCACCGCACGCUCCGCUCUCCCCCGUCACCUUCCGCAAGUUUUCACAAGAACAAGUCAUCACCACCUCCAACACACCGAGACAAUCCUCUCCGACACAAAAUGGACGAUGGAUGAAUGGUGAUACAGAAUGGUUAGAUAGGCCUCCGAGCAUCGCCCGAAAGACCACUCCUGAAAAUGGAACCUGGCGAUCCAACAGUACCCUUGGCUGGCAGGAAACCCGGGAAACCUCUAAAGAGAUCAGACGGGAACCGCGCAGAUCGGAGAGCAAUGCUGAAGCCAGCUCCGGCCUCACCUGGCUGCAGAGGCAGCAGCAGAAACUGAGAGAGAGAAAGGAAGCAAGGGAAAGAGUCGCUCGACUACCGCUCGAGUGGGAUACUUCGUCUUCCCGAAAUGUGCGUCGCUCCGCAAGUCAUCGCGUGGAUGGAUACACGAGCGACACGACCGCGUUCGCCGACGACGAUGACGACUUUGCAGUGCCGCUGCACGUCAACACUCGCGCGCCGCCGCGCUCGCACGCCGUCAGCCCGCUGGCGCCGGACAGGACCUCAUCUAGAAAGUUCAUGUAUGAAAAGAUGACAAUGCGCGAGUGGAGCGCCGGCAGCACGCCGACCACGCCUGCGCCCGGUCUGUUGUCCCUCGCGGAGCCUGUAAACGACACUAUGAGCCGUGAGCAGUCGGAGAGCUGGUCGCGGGCGGAAUCGCGCGCUGAGUCGCGGACGGAAUCGCGCACAGAGUCACGCGCGGGAACGCCAGCCUUCCCCACGUAUCCGCGCACGCCCUACCCGCCCACGCCCACACCGACGCCCACUCCAACGCUCACGCCCACGCCUACACUUACGCCCACGCCCUCGCUCAACGCACGACCGCCGCGCUCGCCGCCCGUCACCAGGAACCAGCUUACGCUACCGUAUAAGGCAAUACUCCACAUAAAGGAGCGCGAAAGUAGCCCAGAAUCGGAUUACCGUGCGUACAAUGGCGCGGCGGUGGGCGCGGGCACGGGCCCAGGGGUAGCGGGGAGUGCAGGGCCGGUGGAGCCGCACCACGUGGCGCCGGAUCGCGUGCGCUUCGCCCGCGACACCAGCCACUACUGGUACAAGCCCAACAUCUCGCGCGACGACGCAAUAUCAGCCUUGCACGGUCUGGAGGAGGGUUCGUUCAUUGUGCGCGACUCGAACUCGUUCCCGGGCGCGUUCGGUCUGGCGGUGCGUGCGGGCCCUGGCGGCGGCGUGCGGCACUUCCUGGUGGAGCCAGCGGCGCGCGGCGUGCGGCUGCGCGGCUGCCCGGACGAACCAGUCUUCAGCUCGCUCUCCGCGCUCGUGUACCAGCACACGGUCACCCCGCUCGCACUGCCCGUGCCGCUCAGGCUACCCGACAGGGACCCGUGGGCGGGCGGCGGUGUGACGGCGGCAGCGCGCGCGCUGCUGGCGACGGGUGCGGCGUGCCACGUGCUGCUGCUAGGUGCCGACAACACCGAGGCGCUCACCGGACCAGCCGCAGUUAAGCGCGCCGUGCACAACGUACUGCAGAAGAAGGGCGAAGCGCACGUGGUGCACCUGAAGGUGUUCGGCGGCGGCAUCACUCUGACGGACGCGGCGCGCAAGCUGUUCUUCCGACGCCACUACCCCGCCGCCGCGCUCUCCUACGCCGGCCUCGAUCCCGACGAACGUCGCUACACCUACCGCGACUCGCCCAACGCAAUACCUACCGAAAAACGCAUAUUUGCAUUCGUGGCGCGCACAUCCGCGGGCUCGGACAAUCAGUGUCACGUGUUCGCCGAGCUUGAGCCCGAGCAGCCCGCAACCGCCAUUGUCAACUUUGUUAAUAAGGCGCUCCUUGGAAACAUGCAAAAGAGGGACAUCAUUUAAGAAAUUUUAUAGCCAAACUACAGAUUCCCGAGUGAUAAAAAAUACUCGCCCAGAAUGAAGUUUUUCAAAAUUUAAGGAAAACAAAUUGCUUCGUUUUAUAUUUCAACUUAACAGCCAUCGUAAAUGUAUUUGAGGCAGUUAUUUAGUUAUACUUUACUAUUCCAUAUUAUCUUUCCAAAUAAAGUUGUUAAUCUUUUUCAAUGUGAAAUUAUUUUUAAGAAUAACUUUUAUGUCUAAAUUUAUACUUACCGAGCACAAUUAACCAACAAAAUU